AUGGGCCAAGAAUUGUAUCAAAGAGUAUUUGCCCAUAUCGGAUUAAUUGAGCGAGACUAUUUUGGUUUACAAUUUAUUGAUCAUAUGCAAGUACGGCAAUGGCUAGAUCCUGCAAAGAGGAUACGAAAACAACUUCCUUUUGGACCUCCUUACAGUUUUAGGCUUCGUGUUAAAUUUUUUUCGAAUGAUCCGGUCAAUUUAAAGGAUGAAUUAACCAGGUUAUAUUUUAAUAUCUACUUUUUCGGUUUGUCCGCAAUUUUUUGCGGACACUGUCCGCAAAUUUUUUUGCGGAUAAAAAAUUUUCAGAUUUUAAAUUUCCUUUUUACCCCUUGGGAAGUAUUGGGUUGUUUUGUCCGCAAUUUUUUGCGACAUUGUCCGCAAGUUUUUUGCGGACUGUCCGCAAGUUUUUUGCAGACAACAUUCUUUAAAUUUUCUCCCUUCAUUUGCCUAUUAAAAACCACUCAAAGUUUUUAUUUUAGAUAUUUAUUUUUUGUGCAAUUGCGACAGGAUAUACAAAUAGGCUUUUUGGAUUGCCCUCCUGAAGUAGCUGUCUACUUGGCUGCAUUGGGACUUCAAUCCGAAUUUGGGGACUUCAAUCCCCACACAUAUUCUUCAACUUUCGCCUCCGAAUUUCGUUUCCACCCUUUACAAAAUGAACAAAUGGAAUUGGCAAUUCUUCGGCAAUGGGCAGAUAAACAACUUGAAGGUAUGAAUCCUUGUCGGGCUGAGGCUGCUUUUUUGGAUAAGGCGAGGAAAUUGCCUUUAUAUGGAGUUGAUUUGCACAAUGUUCAAGGACGUGAUGGCUGUGAAUAUAGACUUGGCUUAAGUCCGCAAGGAAUGCUAGUACUUGAUGGGAGGCAGAAAAUAGGUCUUUUCCUCUGGGAAAAGGUUCAACGUCUCGAUUUUCGUGGUCGUCGAUUAACUUUAGUUGUGGAAGAAGAAAUACAAAAUUCAAAAAAUUCUCAAGAAUCACCACAACAACAAUUAGUUCAUUUACAUACUUUUAUUUUUCAAACAAAUUCGAGUCGAGCAGCAAAAAAUUUGUGGAAAUGUGCAAUUGAAUUUCAUACAUUUUUUAGGCUCAAAUUUAUUGGAAAUAAUGGAAUGAAUAGAAAAAUAUUUUCGCCUUUAUUUCGGUUAGGGAGUACUUUUCGUUAUAGGUUUGUUUUUUUUAAAUUUAUUUUUUGGGGAUUUUUGAGGUAG